CUAAAUGCAAUGUCCCAUCACCAUCUCCCCACUAUAAAUACAUUUGUCCAGAUACGGAGUAUAUAUAUUAUUGUGGUCACAAUUAUUAUUUUUAAGUUUGAUGAUAUUUUUCCCUUAACAUCCUCCAUUUCUUUCACAUAUGGGGCCCAAGUUUACGAAUGUAAAAGGACUAAAUCAUGUUACCUUUUCAACUGCAGAUGGAGCACCGAAGGCUGCUCCAGCAAUGGGGAUAGCCGAUGCAAUUGUAGACCUUGUGGGCAGUGGAACAACUUCGAGAGAGAACAAUCUAAAAGAGAUUGCGGGUGGAGUCAUCUCGCAAAGUCAGGCGGUCCUUGUUGCUAGCAGGAAAUCAUUGACACGUGUUUUUCUCUCUUCUCGAUUUGAUGCAAUGUUUGAAGUGGACCCUGCUCAUACAACAUUUGAAUCCCUUAAGAAAUGGCGAGAUGACAGCAUAGACCUUUUCAAGAGGGUCAUUGGCCUUAAGGCAUAUAAAGAUGCUCUAAUUGCACUGCCCAAAGUUAAAACUUUCUGAGGUUUGCCAAGUGAAUACCCAGCCUUCGAGCCUUCAUAUUUUAUCCUUUUUGGACUUUUGUUUUAGCAUUUUUGCUUUCUUUACUUAGUGGGUGAGUGGGAGUUAUGUUCCCUCCCCCUUAUCUUUUAUUUCAUUUAAUUUGCUUAGUGGGUGAGUUGGAGACUUGUUCCUUCCACCCCUAUCUUUAUUUAUGCGAAUAAAACUGCUUUUACUUA